UUUUUAUGAGAUCUAUGAGUCAGUUUCGCUGCAGCCGUAGUCGGAUUUGGAUGGACGAUAAUAUGAGUGACGUUCAGUUUUUCGAAGGGGUUGAAAAACUUCUCGAAAUUUGGUUUUCUACGAAUGACAACAACAGCAAACAUGCAGACUUGAGAAAAAUUCCCAGAUCAAGAUUAGAAUCCCUACUUAAAAUUGUUAGAUGCGAAAUAAUCAGUUUUUGUUCAAAUGACCAGAUCGAUGCCUACGUUUUGAGUCUUUCAUAUUUCGAUUGUUGUUAUUGUCUGGUCCUUUUACAAUUGAUGUUUAAAAGCAAAUGCUCCAUUGUUGAUUUUAAUUGGUGCAAAUGUACUGAAAGCUCUAUGUUUAUAUCGAAGAGGCGGUUCAUUUUAAAAACUUGUGGCACAACAACUCCUUUGCUUUGCCUUCAGCCUCUUUUACUUCUUGUGGAACAGUACGCAGGAUUUACAGAUGUUGAAGAUGUUUUUUACUCGAGAAAAAAUUAUAAACGCCCAGACUUACAAGCGGCUCCUCAUCGGGACUUUUAUCAAGAGGUGACUCUAUUAGAUGCCAUCUUUCCCCAUGGUUCCGCAUACUGUUUAGGAUCGAUGAAUCGUGAUUGCUGGUAUUUAUAUACUCUAAACCCUCCAAGAACUAAUGCUUUGAGUUCGGAAACUGAACCUGACCCCGAUCAAACUUUGGAAAUUUUGAUGACUGAUCUAGAUCCUGAUGUAAUGUCAAUUUUUACUAGAGAGGAAUGUUUGAACGCCGCGGAAGCGACUAAGAAAUCAGGAAUCGAUAAAAUAGUACCUAAUAUGGUAAUUGACGAUUACCUGUUUGAACCUUGUGGGUACUCCAUGAACGGGGUUACUAAAAGUAAUCAACCGGAUGGAUGCUACAUGACUAUUCAUAUAACACCAGAGCCGGAAUUUUCUUACGUUAGUUUCGAAACUAACAUUACUGCAACAUCUUAUCGUGAGAUUGUUAAUAAAGUGAUUGAAACUUUUCAGCCGGGAAAGUUUAUGGUCACUGUUUUUACCAACAAGACGUCAGCGGCUGUGGGAGCACCUAAAGAAAUCCAAAAUUUAACUGAGAUAGGAAGUUGGACUCGAAGGGACAUGCAGCACAUUUGCUUUAAAAAUUACGAUCUUACUUAUGCGUUCUAUUCUAAAUUCCCGAGCUGAGGGUGUCAGGUGGAGCUGUGCUUUUGCGCAGCUACCCUUACCCCUUUCUCUUCCUCUUUAACCCCUUCCUUCUUUUACUACAUCUUUCCUCUUUCCCAGUGCCAGAAGAUAUUCUCUUAUUCCCUUUCCUCUUUUAACAAUAACAUUCAUGGUUCUCAAAGUCACCACACAUCCUGUGUCUCUCAUUCUUCGCUUUAUCGUACUAUUUCCGCUACUCAGAAUCUCGACGUAAACCCUAGUAUCCCUUCCUCUUCCAUCAGUUGCAUUUUUCAUCAUGCUGUGUUAUUCAUGAAACUAUUUUAUUUCGAAGAAUUUUUCACAAAUCUACAAUAUUUUCCACUCUAUGUCUACCUUAUCAUGUCUUUUCUAAUCCAUUUAAAAACGUUUCUUAAAUUAUUAGAGUUAAUUUUAUCAAGUUUUUAUAAUUUCGAGAGGGCCGAUUGCAUCUCGAAAACUUUCGUCGUUCAUAAACGUUCGAAACACUUGAUGAAAUUUUCCGUAAUUUUUCACGAUAACUGUGUCUGCAAUUGUAUUUUUUGUACUAACGCUUUCAUUUACUCGUUUCCGUCACAUUACUUUACCGAUUUUGCGUCGCCACUUGAGCUGUACUCGUGGUGGCGAAACAAAAUCUCGUGAGGUUAGGUUAGGUUAGGCUUUUGAAAUUAGUAAAACGUAGUGCGAGCAAGCUCACCUUUAACCUAUGAGGGUGAGGGGGCCCCUGCGUAUUUUCCACGCUGCGUUUUAGCUAUUUCAAAAGUUCUUAAGUGCUCGAAAAUUUUUCUCUAUUAGUUUCACACACGUCCGGGGUCCUCGCGAUUUACUCGCGCCAUUUCUUUAUGUAAUAUCAUCCCCUUUUGGUCAUCGGACCUACUAAGUCUUGCCGAUGACCCUUCACGAUAGACGACUUUAUUUAUGUAUAUGAAUAUGUACAUAAUAGAGUUGUAAUAAUUAAAAAAAGUCUUUGUCCAUCGGUGAUCAAUUCUAUCGAUUCUUUGUUAGCAGAAGAGCUACUGUUUCUUCGUUAAAUAAUUAAAAAGUAUCAUUACUAUCUUGCUAUCUUAAGGUUUAAUAUGAUGUAGAAGAUGUUUAGAUAUCGUUAACCAUAUACAGUGCAUUAGCUUUUCAGAAGUAGCUUGCUUUUAUCUGUAUAUAGACAGAAUUGUAAUUCUAAUAAAUUGUCUUCUUGAUUUAA